AUGGCUGUCAUCGUGGAUGCUCACUGCCUCUAUGACAACGUGGGAGCCCUGCAGUCCUGCGGCCGUGGAUGCUUCUCCAAGCCCGGUGCGAGUCAGGCCAGCUGUGUUUCGGGAUGCUUGUCUGGCAGGGGCGUGAGCUACCGCUGCUCGCGCUGCCUGGGCAGUGGCUUCACCUGCGCCCUCCGGUCUUGCCGCUCGGCUUGCUCGUCCGGGCUCUCCACCUCGCAGUGCACCAGCUGCAUCGCGGGCAGCUGCGGCCUCUGCUCGGGCGCCACCAAGUCGAUGCAGAACGAGACUGACGCCGUGGAGUCGAUGGCCAAGGUGCUGACGUCCCUCAAGGACCACAAGGACCUCGGGGAGACCCCGGAGACCGCGGAGAAAGAAUCGGAGUCGGUCGCGCCCGUCGCGCAGCCCUCUGUGAAAAGCGGAUGCUACGAGAACCAGGGCUUGCUGAAGACCUGUGGCACCCAGUGCUUCUCUGCGGCCAACCGCGGAGUCUGUGCAACCAAUUGCCUGAAGGGGAAGGGAAUGAGCUCGGCUUGCGCUAGCUGCUUCGGUGGCAAGGUGGAUUGCACUAUCAAGAACUGCUUGAGCACAUGCAUGUCCAACAGCCAGUCUGCCGCAUGCAAAAGUUGCGUUCGUUCCAAGUGUGGCCGCUGCAGCUCUGAGAAGUCUGCACCAAAUGAUGACUUCCUCUCGGAAGUUGCAGCGGCUGCUAUCGGCAAGGCCGAAGAGGCAGCUCUGUAUCCUUGA